UAAGAGGCAGAGGCUCUCCCGCCCACCCUGAACUUGGCUGUGUUGCCGACUGCUCCACUGGAAACGCGAAGCCUGCUGCUUCUGCAUCCAAAGCCAUGAACAGCGGCGUGUGUCUGUGCGUGCUGAUGGCAGUCCUUAUGGCCGGCUCCCUGACGCAGGCGGUGGCCCCAGCAGAUCCCGCGGGCUCCGCAGUGCAGCGGGUAGAGGAGGUGUCCCGAAGACACCAGAGAGCGGUGCCCAGGACAGACGGCGAGCCCCGAGCGCGCCUAGGCGCGCUGCUGGCGCGAUACAUCCAGCAGGUCCGGAAAGCUCCUUCUGGACGCAUGUCCAUCAUCAAGAACCUGCAGAGCCUGGACCCCAGCCACAGGAUAAGUGACCGGGACUACAUGGGCUGGAUGGAUUUUGGCCGACGCAGCGCUGAAGAGUAUGAUGAUGCCUCGUAGAAGAGAGGCCUCUCCAAGCCCUGUUCAGAGGAAGCAGAAUAAGAAAACAAUUACAUUUUCAACUCCUUGUCUCCACUGUUUGACAUUUUGAGUAUCUAUUUAUUAAUUCCCAAAGUGAAAUCUGUCUGUGAAGAGUGCAGCCACACACCUCAGCCGAAUUGUGCCAUUGGAAGGCAAUGUUUCCUUCUGUGACUCCCCAUCUCAUAGUUGCUAUGCUAUUAAAGUGAUUUCCUUCAGCCCCUCA